GCUUGUUUGUUCUUGUUGAAACAAACAAAUUAGUUACACAACCAGUGUUUGUCAAACUGUAUGUAUCGUACCCAUAAGUUCUGCUGAUUGAAUUACAUGUUAAAGCACAUAUUACUACGCGACGACGAAUUAGUCUUACCAAUUUAACCUCUGGUAAGGUUACAGUUCUGCUUUCGCUGAAUGACAUAACAGAUGGAAUACGGAGUGAACACUCUUCGACUUUACCAGGAGACACAACCAACUUGCAUUGCCACACAUGUGGUUUGUUGUGUUCUGCUCGUCCUUCCUCUGGGACUUCACAUGUAAUAGAUUUAACUCGACCUGGUAAAGAAAAAACAAAGACUUGAAAAGUAAGUUUCCAUUGGAGUUCAUCCUCUGUGAGAUAUUAAAGAAAUGAACUGUUUGAUCUUUAUGUUGUCGCUAAUGGUCUUGAAACCACACUAUAAAAGCUAGUAGGUCCUGGGACGGUUUAGAAACCACAGCGAAACAGCACGAUUCAAUAGUAGCAACAGAAAGCUAUCAAUUGUUCAUCCUCAAAGCAAGAUGGGGGCUUCCAGGGCAGCAGUCUCAACACUACCACUACUAGUGUUAUCAGCAAUUGUAAUGGCAAUGAUAAAGUGUUCGGAAGCUGGAAGCAUAGCAAUCUACUGGGGUCAGAACGGAGGUGAAGCCGGCUUGGAAGAGACCUGUGCAACUGGUGACUAUAGAUUUGUAAUCGUUGCUUUCCUGCCAACAUUUGGCAACGGCCAAACUCCAACCAUCAACCUUGCAGGCCAUUGCGACCCAACAAAUGGUGGCUGCAAAGGCCUCAGCUCCGAGAUCAAAUCAUGUCAAGAGAAAGGGAUUAAAGUCCUGCUCUCCCUUGGAGGUGGAGUUGGUAGUUACUCACUCACAGGUACAGACGAUGCCAGGCAAGUUGCAACUUACCUUUGGGAUCACUUCUUGGGGGGUCAUUCCUCUGCAAGGCCACUGGGUCAUGCAGUUCUUGAUGGGAUUGACUUCGACAUUGAAGGUGGGACCACCCAUUACUGGGGUGAUCUAGCCAGGUUCCUGAAACAUCACAGCAACGACGGCCAGAAGAAAGUGUACAUAACUGGAGCUCCACAAUGUCCAUAUCCUGAUGCCUGGAUUGGGAGAGCCAUAAGCACGGGACUGUUUGAUUAUCUCUGGGUGCAAUUCUACAACAACCCUCCCUGCCAGUACUCUGGUGGGAGCAUUGAUGGUCUUCAAAAUGCUUGGGAUCAAUGGACUUCUUCAGGUCAUGCCAAGAAGAUCUUCUUGGGACUGCCUGCGGCACAGGGGGCAGCUGGCAGCGGUUUCAUCCCUCCUCAUGAGCUGAUCUCCACUGUGCUUCCUGCAAUCAAGAGUUCUCAGAAGUAUGGGGGUGUUAUGCUCUGGUCCAAGUUCUAUGAUGAACAAACUGGAUAUGCUAAAGCUAUCAAGAAGCAUGUCUGAUUCAUCAUCGUUUCUAACUGGAACGACUUGGCUUCUUCAUCCAGUUACUGACAACCAACUCAUGCUAGUGUACAUGUACCAAUGGCAGCCUUGUUUCGACCGUCGAAGACGAGGGCUGGACUCUGAAGUUUAUGUGUAAUCUACUACUUUUUUUUUUUCCUUUUUGGCUUGUCCUUUUCCACUUCUCCUGGUGUUUCACUAGAAACACAAUAAGGUCAUGGACCAUAG